AUGCCUGGUACACCUAUCCCACCUUCCGGGAGCAAAUAUUCUACCUUCGAAGCUUAUGAUCGCCGCCGCCAAGAUGAUACUCACGAAAAUGAAGCCUAUGAUGAAAACGAAUCAGACGAAUCAGAUCCUUUGCUCAAGGAGACCGAGAAUGGCCUGCGCCGAGGCCGAAACGCUUCUAGCCAGUCCCACGACGCAGCUCCAUACGACGUAGAACCGCGCCUGUCGUUCGACGAUGAGGAAUCGCUUGUCGAGCUCCCUUCCGAGCCAGAGGAGAAACCUAUCACGUGGAUGAGCCUUCCUCGAAAGAGUCAAUUGGCAAUCCUAGCUAUUGCAAGACUAUCAGAACCGCUCGUUCAAUCGUCUUUAAGAUCAUACCUGUUCUACCAACUGAAGUCCUUCGACAAGACCCUACCUGAUUCAACCAUUGCCUCUCAGGCGGGUAUAAUCCAGGGGGCAUUCGCCGCUGCACAGUUAUGCACUGCCAUGGUUUGGGGUCGCAUGUCCGACAAAAGAGGGAGGAAGAGCGUUAUUCUUUUUGGACUCACCGGUUCAAUGCUUUCAUGUAUCGGAUUUGGCUUCUCCGCAACCUUUACUCAAGCGUUGAUAUUUCGGAGCCUCGGUGGCGCUCUCAACGGCAAUGUAGGUGUGAUGAGGACAAUGAUCAGUGAAAUCAUCCGGGAAAAGAAAUUCCAGUCGAGGGCUUUUGUAGUCCUUCCAAUGGUUGCAAAUAUUGGAGUUAUUAUUGGACCCAUGAUCGGCGGUUUGACCAGUGACCCAGUGACAGCAUAUCCCAGCCUUUUUGGAGGAAUUAAGUGGCUCGAGAUAUUUCCCUAUUCUCCUCCGAAUAUUCUGAGUGCUAUUUUCCUCGCAUUCGCGACGCUCGCGGUGUGGCUUGGUUUAGAAGAGACACAUCACGCUUUCUGUCACCGACACGACUGGGGUAUCAUAUCAAGUCGAAAGAUUGCCUCUAUUUACCAAAAGCUACGAAGAAGAAACACAAAUGACGGAUAUCUGCCGGUUAGCGAUAGUGAUGGAGACACUCCAGUGCUUGAGCUGUCUGCCCCUCCCAAAUCCUCAAAACUAGCUCGACCGCACUAUCCUAACCAGCUGCCAUUAAACCGCCUGUUUACAUACAAUGUCAUCACGGUUCUGAUUUCUCAUUCACUCCUUGCUGCCGCAAUGGGGACCUUUCAGAGCAUAUUCUACACCUUUCUCUCCACCCCGGUCUACGAUCCUUCCCAUCCGCUGCCAGACUACACUCCACAUCCUCCUCUGAAGUUCACCGGCGGUACCGGCCUCUCACCUCGGUCGAUCGGCUUCGCUAUGGCUGUAUUGGGGGCUAUCGGUAUCGUUCUUCAACUUUUCCUCUACCCUGCAAUCAACGCGCGACUAGGCACUGUUCGCUCAUACCGCAUCUACCUCUACUGUUUCCCAAUUGUCUACGCACUCGUUCCCUUCCUCGCGAUUAUGCCCUCAACUACUCCUCCACCAUCACAGAAAACAGGACCCAUCUUCUGGGCGGCCCUGACGUUCAUCGUGUUCCUCUUUGUCAUGGGCCGGACAUUUGCUGCUCCAGCCGCACAAAUCCUGGUUAAUAAUUGCUGUCCUCACCCAACUGUAUUGGGUACAGUGCAUGGAAUCGGCCAGAGUGUAAGUGCAGCUGCCCGAACAGUUGGGCCUGCGCUUGGAGGAUGGAUCUACGGAGUUGGAUUAGAAAAGGGAGUUGUAGGAGCCACGUUUUGGGCUCUGGCAGGAUUCGCCACGCUUUCAUGUUUUGCGAGCACUUUCGUGAGAGAAGGUAAUGGGCAUGAGAUACGACUUGAAGGCGAUGAUGAGGCAGAGGCUGAAGCGGAAGCAGCGAAUGCGGGGCUAAGAUGA